UAAAGAAACUUGAAUAACGUUAGCACAGUUGACAAGUGCUAGCCGCCUUAGUAUUAGCUACCAAGCUAACCAACUAUCGUUAGUCAUCAUGCUCCGCUUGAGUAAAUCUUUUUUUCUUCAGGCCAUUGGUUAACUGACACUAAGUAGUACAAACUUAUCAAAUGCUAGUAUUUAUGUAAAUGCCGUUUAAAACCUGCAAAGCUAUGUUACAUUUCUGAAAUCAUAUCAAGCAUACUGCUAGCUAGCUACGGAUGCUAUUUGGUCUUCGUGAGGCCUUAGCUUACUUACCAGACAAAUCAGCAGCAAAUAGUUUGAUUCCCGUAAAACAACCGAAUAAACUUUUUAUUCCAUAUAAACUAAAACUCGUUAAUGCGUAUAGCAGACGUCCGGCGGCUUGAUCACAAUGUAGUUACCGCUAACUAGCCGGCUAAGUAGUUUUCAGUGACCAAUCACCACGUCACAAGAUCCUCAGACGAUUCAACGGGAUAUUUGCUCCGGAGGAAACAAACACGCCGAUGGCACAUCCAGUGCGCCGAUGCGGUAGUUAACUGGACGUGUUAACUGCAAGAAUGAAGAUAAAUCCAAAGGAUAACAUUUUCUUUUUACGGACGGGGAGUUAAAACACCAUAACAGCAGAAACUUGGGAGGAACGACGGAAUUUCCACUGCAGACGACUGAUGGUCGGCGGGGCAUUUAGGAUUUAAUCCUCGUCGUGGUACGAUGGAUAAGGUUGAUCAGAUCCUGUCAGAGUUCAGGCUGAAGAAGGAGGAGCUAAAAGAAGUCAUGAAGAGGAUGCAGUGCGAGAUGGACAGAGGACUGCGUUUAGAGACGCAUGAAGAGGCCAGUGUCAAAAUGCUUCCAACUUAUGUCUGCUCCACCCCUGAAGGAUCAGUGUGUGUUUUGACAGAGGUAGGAGAUUUCCUGGCUCUUGACCUGGGGGGGACGAACUUCCGUGUGAUGCUUGUGAAGGUGGGUGAAGAUGAGGAGAGGAGCUGGAAGGUGGAGACCAAGAACCAGAUGUACUCCAUUCCUGAAGAUGCCAUGACAGGCACUGCUGAAAUGCUAUUUGACUACAUAGCAGAGUGUAUGUCAGACUUUUUGGACAAACAUCAUAUCAAGCACAAGAAGCUUCCUCUGGGUUUUACCUUCUCCUUUCCUGUACGGCAUGAGGACAUUGACAAGGGUAUCCUGCUUAACUGGACCAAAGGCUUCAAGGCUUCUGGAGCAGAAGGGAACAAUGUUGUGGGUUUACUCAGGGAUGCUAUCAAGAGACGAGGGGACUUUGAGAUGGAUGUGGUUGCCAUGGUGAAUGACACAGUAGCCACCAUGAUUUCCUGCUAUUAUGAGGAUCGCAGCUGCGAAGUCGGGAUGAUUGUUGGCACUGGUUGUAAUGCGUGUUACAUGGAGGAGAUGAGGACUGUGGAGCUGGUAGAAGGGGAGGAGGGCCGCAUGUGUGUGAACACAGAGUGGGGGGCGUUUGGAAACAAUGGGGAGCUGGAGGAGUUCAGACUGGAGUACGACAGAGUGGUGGACGAGACCUCAAUUAACCCUGGAAAGCAGCUAUAUGAGAAGCUGAUCAGCGGGAAGUAUAUGGGUGAGCUGGUCAGACUUGUUCUGAUGAAGCUGGUGAAUGAAGACCUUCUGUUUAACGGUGAAGCCUCAGAGCUGCUGAAGACACGCGGCAGCUUUGAGACACGCUACGUCUCACAGAUGGAGAGUGACACUGGGGACAGAAAACAAAUCUACAACAUCCUGUCCUCGCUGGGUGUUCUGCCGUCAGAGCUAGACUGUGACAUUGUGCGUCUGGUCUGUGAGAGUGUUUCCACUCGCUCUGCUCAUAUGUGCGGCGCCGGGCUUGCUGGUGUGAUCAACCUGAUGCGGGAGCGACGCAGCCAGGAAGCCCUGAAGAUCACAGUGGGGGUUGAUGGAUCUGUCUACAAGCUGCACCCAUGUUUCCGUGACAGGUUCCACAAAAUAGUCAGGGACCUCACGCCUCACAGUGAAAUCACCUUCAUCCAGUCGGAGGAGGGGAGCGGUCGUGGAGCCGCCCUUAUCUCAGCAGUGGCCUGUAAGAUGGCAGCAUGCAUGCUGACACAGUAAAGGGAGCUGUGUGCACUGAGCUGUCUCAAGGCAGAAGAGCGGUGAAGCAAGCCUGAACUCUAAUCUGAGAACAUUGAUGACACGUCAUCCACAGUCGGCAGCUUUGACCUUUUUCGGGCUCUGAAUGAUGUAUGUCAGCAAACUGGACGACUGGAAGAUGUACAGACAAGAAAGCAACUUGUAUUCUACUGUAUUUGGUAAACUGUAACAAGAAAACUGUGACAUUUACAGAAACUUGCUGGCAGCAAUUAGCGUGCAAGUUGCUGUAGUCCAUUUCACAGUAUCCUUACUGUAAAUUUAAUCACAGUACAUGUAAAAUUCUGUAAUUGUUAUUACAAUAAUAAUCUCAGUACUGCAACUCUUAUAACAGUAACAGGGUACUGUAUUUUUACUGUAACAAGGGUUAAUGCAUUCAUUUUAGUACUGUAAAUAUGUAACGGUAAAAUAAUGACAUACUGUAAAAUGAAGACACUUUUUUUCACACACAAAAAUAUAUUAUAUAUUUAUUGUAUCACUUCAUUCAACAUUCAUUCAUCAUUUGAAUUUACAUUUAUUUUGUAUUUUUCAUUUUGUAAACAUGUUUCAUUUUGUAAACAACAAAAUUACUUUCCUGAAGGUACAACUCUUUCCUCUGUGUUCAAGUCACCCUGACUGUAAACUGCAUGCCCUGGAAUUAUUUUGUUUAUCUUGAAUGCAUAUUUCAAGAUUUUCAACAUGAUUAAUGUAUUGUUUUAUUAUUUGAGGAGAUAUAGUUAAUUUGACUGUACUUGUAGAGACAUAAAAAAGAAAAAUAGUAAUAAUAAAGGAGUUGUUCAUCAUAAAGAUGUGUGCAAGUCCCAUAUUGCUUUACAUUUGCUUUCUGAGACUUGCAUGUGAAGACAGUCACAUGUAUUCCAGUAAUAUUGAUUCAAUGUGAAAAAAACACAUAAACAUGACAUUGUACAAAAUUGUGACACAAGAUAUUUUCAAGUAAUUUUUUUUUACAAACAAAACCGUAAAUCCUAGCACUGGAAGCAAUUAAA